AUAUACAAGGCUGCAGAUCUGGAAUUUCAUCCAUUAAUGAUAUUGGACUCUUAACAAGUGUUGCACACUGACUUCCAUGGUAUGCAACUGCCGAAACCAAGCUUCAUCAACGAGACCACCCAAAUGUUGCGAUUCAAAAAGAGUAACCGAUACCAAAUACGGCUUGUUUAUCGUAAUCUUCUGUCUUAUCUACAUAAGUGUCGCCACGAUAUCCUUUUAUGGCGUUCGAGACCAUAUUCGCGGAAAGAAAACAAACGAUUUCCUUGAUGCUAUUUAUUUCACCAUUGUUUUAAUGACUUCUGCUGGGUAUAAAGACCUUCAACCUCAUAGAACUCUUGCAAUACUACUUGCCACUUUCUAYGCCCUCGUUGGUAUCGUUGUUUUCGGGGUACUGAUGAGUYUAGGUGCGGACAACAUUUUAGCCACGCAAAUGGGAAAAAGGGAGUUUCUUGCUUCGGUGUUGGACAAUAAAACGGUGCAAUAUCCGAGUGGACUGAAAAUAAAGUGGAAGGUGCUAACGGUCAUGCUCGCGGUGCAUUUAUUCUUCGGGACGCCUCUCUUGAUUUUCGUUGGGGAAAUGCACUUUUUUCGCGCCUUAUAUUGUGUCUCAUCAACAUUUACAACCGUCUUAAGUGACGAGAAAUGCUUCUCGACAAAAGGUAGACGCUUCUUUGCAGUAUUCUGGAUAUUAUUCGGAGUGUUCGUUUUAAGUGGCAUGAUAUAUAUCAUUACGGAGACGUAUCAUCACCGACGCAAAUGGUUAGUCGGGAAAAAGGAUGACAAACUUGUAGACAUGCUCCCAAGUGAUCUUGAUGAUGAUGGCUUUAUAACGGAACUCGGAUUUCUCAAAUACAAGGGCAGGAGGGCAAAAAGGUUACAUCUAGAAGGAAAGCUUGUUGACGUUAAAGAGCCAGGUAGGUUAAUCAUGACACGUGAUGUUAUAUAUAUAUGUCUCUUCCGUUUGUUUGUUUGUUAGCAGCUUAAUUAACUUAAUUUGU